UAAGUGAUGAUGAUGAUGAUGAUGAUGAUUAGGAAAGUAGAGCUGAUAUAAAGGCAUCUUUUAAAGCCAAUAAUCAGCUCAUUCUGGCUUUUGCCUUUCAAGAGAAUCAUUUUAACUCGUGCUUCGUUCAUAACUCAACUUUGUGUUUGUGUUUACAAAUUAAACAUAUUUUUGUGCAAUUUCUGCCUCAUUUGCAUACAUUUUGUUGAUUUACCUUUACAAUUUUCAAUCUCAUCAACAAGCCAAUAAAGGAUGUAUAUAUUAAAAGCUAUCGCAGUCUUCUGUUUAAUCGUUCUUGUUCGUGGAGAGCCUGGAAGGUUAGUGCCUAUUAAUGGUACCGUCGGUGGAUCAGCCACAGCAGCAGAGCCAUUAGAAGUUGGCCUCGGAAGUCAACCUUUGGGAGGAUCUGAUGCCAAUGACACAAUGGAAUUUGAUUUCGUAAAUUUACCUGGUUAUGGUGUUGUAGAUGAUGCCAAUAGUACAGCCAAUGGAAGUUUCUCAUGUUACGAAAGGCGUUAUGGUUAUUAUGCUGAUGUUUCUCGUUCUUGUCAAAUGUUCCAUCUCUGUUAUCCAGUUCGAGAACCAACAACAAAUUUAAUAUCUUACCAAAGAUUUUCAUUUGUUUGCUCAGACAAUGCUUUCUUCGACCAAGCCCAUCUAGUUUGUGUUGAAAAUGAGACUUCAAUUGCCUGUGAAGACUCUGAACAUUAUUAUGAACCAUCUAACGACAGAUUAAUGGAAUCACUUCAAGCCACCCAGCCUGGUAUGUUUGCAUCAGAAGAUGAAUCUAACAAUGGAACAUCAGCCGACUCAUCACCAUCAUCAUUGACAUCGCAAGAUGCACCAUCAGCAGCAGCAUCUGAACAAGCCUAUCAUGUUUACAAUUUAUACAAUGAUUGGUAUUAACAAGUUAUAAAAAUAAAAGGUAUCAAAAAGGUGGAUUGAUUGAAAAUAGGUCUCUUGGUGACAACGGUAUCAUUCAUACAAGUAUCAUCAUAGAUUGACAAUUGAAGAUUCUUGGUACGGCAUCCUUAUCAUCACCAGUUAAAGAAAAAUAAAGUAAAGAAGGUAACACCAUCAUCGGCAAAAAAUAACAUCAACAACACUAUUCGCAUCACCUAACCUCAUUCAGUGUUCCUAUAAAAACAUUUUUGGCCCGACUUUUCUUUUCUUUACUUUCUUUUUCUUUAACUUCUCCCUCUUGAUCAUCUUCAUCUUCAUCUGCUUUUUGCUACUUAUUUCUCCUCUUGCUGAUCUCUUGGGCACUUAGCUUACUGUAAAUGUGAACCUGAUUUAGGUCCAGACUUUGUUCCCUCUCUUGUGGCCUGUAUACCCUAAUUUUAAAUGGACCCAAAAAUAUCGUCGUCGUUAUAUUGCAAUCCAUUUCAUUUUUUAUUUCAUUUAAUACCAUUCGCUCAAUUCGCUACAUAAAUUCAGACCAAUCCUUCCUGUAACCACCUUAAUUUCAUUUCAGUUUACUCACUUUCCCCUUCCUUUCCAUCCUCACUCGCUAUCUUCCUCUUCUUUUCCUAUUCUUACAUUUUCUCCAUCUCAUCUUGAGUCUGUUAAAAAUUAUAUUAACGCUCAACUGAUUUCAUCAAUCAUUCAAUACUAAUGAAAGUGUUAUACGAAUUACCUGGCUACUCUUUCGCUAUUUCACUCUCAAGAUACCUUUUUUCUGAUGUUAAAAAGGUACAAAUGAUGUUCUCAUAAUAACCAUCUCAAUGCUAUUACAUUAUCAUUAUUGUUAUUAUUUUCAAUCAUUAUUUUUAUAAUAGUUAUUGUUAUGUUAUGCAAAUGCACUUUUCUCCAUGAGCCAUAAAAAAUAUACUUUGCUGUG